AAUUUUAAUGCAAAUAAUAAAUUUAUGUUUGAGGGGCCCCUAAGCUGGGUUCUGCCCUGGGGCCGGCAUUCUCCUAAUUCUGGCCCUGCAGAAGUGCUAACGUGAUUAAAUUGGAUAUUUAUUACUGUACCUAGAGGCUUCUUUUCAGGUUUAUAAAUCAUAGAAGGGCUGUAGGGGAAAAUCCAGAUGUGUUUCUCCACCCCAGAUGAUCAGGGUAACCUCAGCAUAGUUUGGAGAAAUUUACUGAUAAUUUUCUUGCUGCAGAUCAGUUUAGAGCCGAUAUUUAACCUGCAGGAUAUAAAUCUGUUUAAUGUCCAUUCACAGCGGGCGUUAGAGCCCCGUCCAGCCGCCGCCCGGUGCUCGCCGACCGGACUCUGCAUCGGAUUCCCACCGUUAACUUUAAUAUUCGCGCAGCUGCUUUCUUCCGCCUCUCCAUGUCAUUUCCUGUGAUAAAAAUGGUGGCCACUGCUAAAGAAGGCGACUGAGUCGGUGCAAACAAUUUAACGCAAACUUUGCCACCGCAGAGCCAGCGGCCGGAGGAGGAAGAGGAGCAGAGAGGAGCUUCAGCCUAGGGAGAAGCUCGGCGUCCCCGCAGCGUGUCUGGUCCAGAUUCAGGUUUCAGUACCGGAAACCAGGAAGACGUUUCCUGUGAUGAAGAUGAAAAAUCAGUUUUCAGCAGCAGUAACAGCCCUCAGAUGUCUAACACCAGAACCAUGAGCUGGAUUUCUACCAACAUGGUUCCAUCAUGACCCAACAGCCAUCGGACUCCUGGUUCUGCGAGGACUGUCGGACGUAUUUCCAGGAGGAGUGUCCGUCCCACGGGCCGCCGCUCUUCGUCCCCGAUACGCCAGUGGCCCCUGGACCGGCCAACAGGGCGGCUCUCACGGUCCCAUCAGGCCUGGAGGUCGUCACUGAGGAGGGCCAGGUAGAUAUUCGCUGCGUGGAUGCAAUCUUCCCAAAGGGGGCGCUGUUUGGUCCGUACCAGGGUGAGCUGGUAUCCAAGGAGGAACCAGCCAGCUCCUUCUCCUGGAUUAUUGUCGGUUUGAACAAUUCGUCUCAGUCCAUCGAUGGCGGCGAUGAGACCAAAGCCAACUGGAUGAGGUUUGUUCGUACCUCAGUCAGAGGACAGCGACAGGAACCUGACGGCCUUCCAGCACAAGCGGAAACAUCUACUUCAGAGUCUGCAGGAGGCUGGAGGCCGGAGAGAAGCUCAGGGUUUGGUACAGCGGCGACUACAUCCAGAAACUUCAGUGCGUCUCUCAAGACAGCAUCAAUCGCAACCUGGACACAGGUCCUGAGACAGUCAACAGUCCCCCAAAGUCUCCAUAAGGAGCUUCCAGCUCCUAAACUGUGCACCGGCAAGCAGUCCUGUGAAGAAACAGACGGUCAGCCUCCUGCCAAGAAGAAGAAGAUUGAUCUGAUUUUCAAAGACGUUAUAGAAGCUUCUCUGGAGGACUGCACUAAGCCCAGGUCUGGAUCCAGUCCCAGUGUUCCCAACUUAAAGGUGGAGAAGGGUGAGGAUAACCUGACCAGCGGAGAACCCUCCACCUCCUUCUGCCCCAACUGCGUCAAACUGAAGAGGAGGAUUCUGGAGCUGGAGGAGGAGCUGUCUCAUCUCAGAAAGCAGCAGGGGAACUCGGUUGGUCCAUCAAGUUCUGAACUUCAACCGGAUCCACCGCAUCCCGAACAGGGUCCCAUCGAGGACUCUCAAGGUAUGGAACCCUUGACGCCCACUCAGAUGGUACUGGAUGAAGAUGACCAGGAAGUGGACUCGGCUGAUGAGUCGGUUUCAGCCGACCUUGUGAUUUCCCCAGAGGACUCAUCAAAGCCUUACUCUGGAUCAAGCAGACGAAUUCGCCGCUUCAAGCAGGAGUGGCUGAAGAAGUUCUGGUUUCUUCGGUACUCACCGACCCUUAAUGAAAUGUGGUGCCAUGUCUGCCGCCAGUACACCGUCCAGUCGUCUCGAACGUCAGCCUUCAUCAUCGGCUCCAAGCAAUUCAAGAUCCACACCAUCAAGCUGCACAGCCAGAGCAACCUCCACAAGAAGUGUCUGCAGCUCUACAAGCUGCGGAUGCAUCCUGAGAAGACGGAGGAGAUGUGCAAGAACAUGACGAUUCUGUUCAACGCGGCGUACCACCUGGCUCUCGAGGGACGGGCCUUUUCCGACCUACGUCCUCUGGCUGAACUACUGAAGAAGUGCGAACUCAAAAUUGUAGAUCAGUACAUGAAUGAGGGUGACUGUCAGAUUUUGGUCCACCACAUCGCUCGAGCUCUGAAGGAAGAAUUGGCUGAGAAGAUGCGUCUGUCUCCUUUCCUGAGCGUCAUUAUGGAUGCUCAAAAUGACGACCUUUACUCAGAUUUGGUGGCAGUUUAUGUCCAGUUCACAACCAGUGACAGUUCCCCACAAAUGGAGUUCCUGUCCUUAGAGAGAGUGAGCAUGCCGAACGUGGAUGGAUACCUCCAGCUUCUGGAUCGGGCCUUCAGCGUCUUGGGACUCAGAUUUCAGGACUUGCUGGUUGUAGGUCUUGGAGUGGAUGGCACCAACAUCUCCUCAGGGAUUAGAGGAAGCCUUUACAUAUCUGUCCAAAAGACUUUUCCUUGGAUCCUCUGUCUUCCCAUAUUGAUCCACCGGCCUCAUCUGGAGGUACUGGACGCCAUCAGUGGGAAGGAGCUCUCCUGUCUUGAGGAUCUGGAAAACAACCUGAAGCAGCUCCUCAGUUUCUACCGCUACUCUCCACGCAUGAUGGCCGAGCUGCGAUCCACCGCUCCGACUCUGUCCGAGGAGACGGAGUUCCUGGGUGACAUCAGAGCCGUUCGAUGGAUCAUAGGAGAACCAAACGUCCUGAAUGCACUCAUCAAGGAUUACCUGGAGGUUUUGGCACACCUGAAGGAGAUCAGCAACCAAACACAGCGGGAUGACGCUGCAGCUAUAGCCCUCACACUCCUCCAGUUCCUCAUGGACUAUCAGUCUGUGAAACUCAUCUACUUCUUGCUGGACAUCAUAGCUGUUCUCUCGCGACUGGCCCUCACCUUCCAGGGGGAACACCUGCUGGUGUCGCAGGUGGAAGCCAGGCUAGAGGAGGCGAUUCAGGAAAUUGGCCAGUUGGUGGAUUGUCCUGGUGAAUAUCUGCAGGAGUUUGAGGAAAACUUCAGGGAAAGCUUCAAUGGUGUCGCUUUGAAGAACCUUCGUGUUGCAGAGUCCAAGUUUCAGUCCAUCCGGAAAAAGAUCUGCAGCAGAAGUCAGGGGAUCCUGUCACAGAGGCUGGACCUGCAGAGCCGCUCCUUCACCAAAGCCUGCAAGGUGCUGGACCUGAACAGCUGGCCCGGCAACCGUGAAGACCUGAAGACGUUCGGUGAGGAGGAAAUCCAGAUCAUAUUCAACCACCUGGACUCCAUUCCUUCUGCAGGUCAGGACGGCCGGACGGAGAACAGGAGCAACCUGCUGGUGGAAUGGAAGGAGCUGAAGGUGGACUACUUCAGCAUGAACAGCUUCAAAGACAUUCUGAUUCACAUCUGCAGGUACAAGCAGCGUUUCCCGCUGCUGAACCAGAUUUUGCAGGUCGUCAGGGUCCUGCCCAGCUCAACGGCCUGCUGCGAUAAAGGUAGAGGCGCUCUGCAGAGGAUUUGUAAGAACAACCGUUCCCGGCUGACCCUGGAGCAGAUGAACGACCUGCUCACCAUGGCCGUCAACGGACCGCCCGUCGCAAACUUUGACGCAAAGCGAGCGUUGGACAGCUGGUUUGAGGAGAAGUCUGGGAGCAGCUACUCUCUUUCGGCCGAGGUGUUGAACAGGAUGUCGGAUGUUGAUCCAAAGUCAGGCCUGCACAGCGGUGACAUCAAUGCAGAAUAUCUGUAGUCAACAGGAUAACAAACCACAAAAAACUAGAAGAAAAGAGGAGGAAAACCUUUAUGCACUGGGAAGUGAUGACAGGAAAAGAAUUUAUUACAGACGGAUCAGGAAGGAGGUUCUAUCUAAAACAGCUGUGAAAGAUGUUAAGGUUCUAAUUUGGGAUGCAAAUUAUUGACUUAUGAGUUAAUAUAAAGUUGAUUGAUUUUAUCUAUCAACUUAUGAUUAAUUUCUAAGAGACCAUUUUCAUGAAAACCUCAGUUUUCUCUUGUAUGAAGACGGCCGGCCGCCUCUUCUGCAUAACAUAAAGGGCAACAUUUUCAUAAAAUGCAGAAUUUAAAAACAAAGUCAUUCAAUUUUAACACUAAAUUCUCUCCUGGAAACAGAGCUGAGCGAUAUGGCUUAAAAUUGAAAUCUCCAGAAUUUUUUCAUUCCAGGUCCAACAUCCCAUUUCAAUGGAUUUUUUAUUUUUUCGCUCAUAUUCUUUUGUAAAAAAGAAAUUACAAAUCACAGAAAAUACAGCUGUAACAUUCUCAUAAUAUUACAACUGAAUUCUGGUAAUGUUACGACUUUAUUCUCAUAAUUUAAUAAAAUAAAAUCUUAGCUUUGUACUAAUAUUUUAUUGAAGAGUUGACCUGAAUUCAAAGUCCAAAUAAAUAGACAUUGUAAAACAAACAAUAAAGAUGGCGGCUAACUAAUUAUGAAAACUGGUGGGGAAAAAAAACAUCCAGAUUUUCCAAAAAUUAAAUUUUCAAAAACCAAAAAUAUUUAAUGCAAUCGAUUUAUCGACCAUCCCUGCCUGGAGGCAGCUGUAGAUUCUCUUGUUCCGCUUCUAGAUUCUCCUGCGUCCUUUUCUGGAUCCUCCUCCGGAUCUUACUGGAUUUUCUUUGCGAUUUUUCCCUCUGCUUCCUCCCGUUGGUUCUCCUUUGGAUUCCUGCUCCGUUUUCUGGAUCCUCCUAUGGAUCGCUGAAGUUGUGCUCCGAGCUGCACGUGCUGGCAGAAUAAGACGGUCACCCUGAGGAACAAUGAGUUGGUGUCAGAGUGAAUGUCUGUCUCUGUUUCAGCUGAUUUAGCAGCAGGACGCUCAGUCUCAGUGCCUGACAAUAACACAGUGUAUGGAUGUAUAAAGGCUUUAUAAUUCUGUAUAAAAACGGUGCAAAUGCUGUCGUGUCUCGUUUUUAAAGAGAGUAUUUUUCUCUGCUAUGUAAAGAUUGUCGAACUGAAUGAAUGCUAAAGCUGCUCUGGGUGUCUUUUCUUCUGCUUCUCUCCCUGUUUGUUUACAUUUUCACAGCAGUGAAUGACUUGAAUUAAAACUUUCCCUUUCAGUGAUGCAAAGGCUUCCCAGCUGCAUGAUCAACACGUUUAAUGCAUUAACGAAUGCUGGAAUAGAGGGUUUAUUUUUCAUUAAAUAUCAGUGGUUUCUUUUGGUCAAAUAAAGGAAUAAUGUGACAUUUUUU